UUUAAGAAUAAUUAACAAACUUGUUUUGGGGCGUUCAAGUCAGAUAUUUAAUAUCUAGAAGGUAUUAAUCACAGCCCAUUUGAAAGAGACAACAUUGUCAGUAGUAUUUCAGAACCAACUUUCCAUCAUGAGUUUCUGUGAUAGCUCUAAAGUAAUCUUAUAUUGUUUGGUUUUUACACUGCUUACCUUAAACGAAUGUCAAAUGGUUGGAUGUAACCAGAGGAGAUACUGUGAACGCCUGGGUUCCAUAGAGGGAAUUCUUCACUCUUUAUCUUUGACAACAUCACAACUAGUUGAUCUAGCAGCAAACAAUAUCAAGGAACUCAAAGAUGUGGACUCCUGUACCAGAAAUCGCUGCUCCACAUUACCUCAAGACUGCAGCAACCUUCUGAACAAUGGACACCAUCAGAGCGGAAUAUACGAAGUGUGGCCAAGAUUUCUGAACGAAUCUGUGUUCGUGUGGUGUGACAUGCAACAUUCUGGUGGUGGCUGGACGGUGAUACAGAGGAGAGGUGAUUAUGGAAACGAUCCUCUUCUGUUCUACAAGCCUUGGAACGAUUACAAGCAAGGUUUCGGAAAUAUUUCUGAAGAGUUCUGGCUUGGAAACGACAACAUUUUCGCCCUAACAAACCAGGAUUCCAUGGAACUUGUUAUCUACCUAGAGAAUUUUGAAGGGGGGAAACGUUAUGCUAUGUAUAGUAAUUUUCUCGUUCGGAGUGAAAGAGAAAUGUAUCGAAUGAGUUAUGAGAACUACGAAGGAAAUGCUGGUGACGCCAUGGAUGUUCACAACCACAAAAACUUUUCUACCUUUGACCAUGAUAAUGAUUUGAAGAAUUCAGAACCGAGCUGUGCGGAAAAAUAUAAAGCAGGUUGGUGGUUUGCUGUGUGCCACAAGGCCAACCUAAAUGGUCCCUAUGAAAGAGGCCUUCACGAGCCGACUGGGAGAGGAGUCAACUGGGAACCCUGGAUGGGUCUCCAUUACUCGCUUAAAAGUGUAGAGAUGAAAAUUCGCCCUAAAAAGUAAAAUAAAUAUAGUUAAAUGCUUAUUUACUAUCCACAUAUUGUUUUAUGAUGUUUCGGUUUAAACUUCAGAUUAAAAUUAGUACUCCAA